CCUACAUUUUAUUUAUUCAGUUGGUAUACCUGCACGGCCACCAACACGACGAGAUGACGCGAGGUAGAAAGUUUGGUUUGACUUUUGACGUGACGUCUACGUUUUCGAUUGUCGACCGCUCAUUACCGCGAGUCCGCCGACAUGCACUCCUUCCAACUCAUUUAAUUUAUUCACGGAGUGUAGAGUAUUUUACUUAAAAUCAAUAAAACAUAAAAAAGAAACGUGUCGGGUUGCGAAUAAAUACGGUAGUGCGGAUAAAGUGCAUAAGAUGUGUUUGCCAUAAAAGUUGUAAAAACAUCGGUGCGAUAUCCACAUUUUGGAUCCGGAAACCUACUUCCAAUAUUCGCAUACUUUUUAUCUCUUGUUUUAAUUUAAUCGUUCUUCUGUGAUAAUUGCCGUAGAUAUUAGUUUAACGCCUUUUAUUGGAUCGGUGGUUAAUAUCGUCGCCGCGAGUUUGGUUUCCUAUCACUCGGUCAGCGCGACCUUUAUGAAACCAGCGUGUACGAAUUGAUAUGUGGCAGUGAAGUGUAGAAGUAAACAUGUUUAGAAGCAAGAUAAGGAUUCACACAUGCAGAAUAAUCUUGCUGACAUCGUUAGUGUGGUUGUUGGUGGAUGUGGCGCUACUGACUUUGUACUCAGAUUGUAUUGGUGACGGCUGGGAUUGCAAUAAAAAUAAGAAUGCAGAUUUCGUUGCACCGGAUAACAUACACAAAGAAGAGUACAGAGGCAAAAAAGCCGCUAUAGCGGCAGCGCUCAAAUCGGAACAAGAGAGCGAGAUAGACGAUGCCAUCGGCGGUGAACAUGACGUAGUAGUUGGGGAAGAAGGCGUGCUGCUGCCUCCGUAUCCCAGGUCCAGACUUAAGCGGUGGGAGAAGGCGCCCACUGUGCUACCGCAAGGGAACUCGCCUGGCGAACUGGGUAAAGCGGUGAACAUCCCCAUUGAGCAGGAGAAGCUGAUGCUGGAAAAGUUCCAGGAAAACCAGUUCAACUUGAUGGCUAGUGACAUGAUCUCACUCAACAGGUCACUCACGGACGUCCGGUUUGAAAAAUGCAAAGACAAGGGUUACCCGGCGCUCCUGCCGACCACCAGCGUGGUCAUAGUAUUCCACAACGAAGCGUGGACUACCCUGAUCAGAACUAUCUGGAGUACGAUUAAUCGUUCGCCGAGGCCGCUCCUCAAGGAAAUCAUACUAGUCGAUGAUGCUAGUGAGAAAGAACACCUCGGCAAGAAGCUGGAAGACUAUAUAAAGACGCUGCCAGUACCGACGCACCUCUUCAGGACAGAGAAACGCUCCGGCCUCAUCCGAGCGCGUCUGCUGGGCGCCAAACACGUCAAGGGAGACGUCAUUACCUUCCUCGAUGCCCACUGUGAAUGCACCGAGGGCUGGCUCGAACCAUUACUGGCCCGAAUAGUCGAAGACAGAAGCACAGUGGUGUGUCCCAUCAUUGACGUCAUCUCGGACACCACUUUCGAGUACAUCCAGGCUUCGGACAUGACCUGGGGUGGCUUCAACUGGAAACUCAACUUUAGAUGGUACCGCGUCCCCGAGCGCGAGAUGCAACGCCGCGGCGGCGACCGCACGGCCCCCCUCCGCACCCCCACCAUGGCUGGUGGGCUGUUCGCCAUCGACCGGGAGUACUUCUACAAGAUCGGCUCCUACGACGAGGGCAUGGAUAUCUGGGGCGGAGAGAAUUUGGAGAUGAGCUUCCGGGUGUGGCAAUGCGGCGGGCGGCUGGAGAUCGAGCCGUGCUCGCACGUGGGGCACGUGUUCCGCGACAAGAGCCCCUACACGUUCCCCGGCGGCGUGCAGACCGUGGUGCUGCACAACGCGGCCCGCGUCGCCGAAGUCUGGAUGGACGAGUGGGGCGAGUUCUAUUACGCCAUGAACCCAGGAGCGCUCAACGUACCGGUUGGCGACGUCAGCGAACGAAAAGCGUUACGAGAGAAACUGAAGUGCAAGAGCUUCCGAUGGUACCUGGAGAACAUCUACCCGGAGAGCCAGAUGCCGCUCGACUAUUACUACCUUGGAGAGAUACGGAAUGCGGAGACGUCCAACUGUCUGGACACGCUCGGGGGGAAGGCGGGGCAGCCUCUCGGCAUGGGCUACUGCCACGGAAUGGGGGGCAAUCAGGUGUUCGCGUACACGAAGCGUAAGCAGGUGAUGUCAGAUGACAACUGCCUCGACGCGGCGCACCCGCGCGGGCCCAUCAAGCUGAUCCGCUGCCACGGCAUGCGCGGCAACCAGGAGUGGACCUACGACUCCAAGGCGCGAACGAUAAAGCACACCAACACGGGGAUGUGUCUCGACAAGCCCGAGUCCACAGACGUGUGGAAGCCGGUCCUGCGGCCGUGCAACCGCUCGCGCGGCCAACAGUGGCUCAUGCAGGUCGACUUCAAGUGGCAGGCGCGGCGCAACCAGAGAGAGCAGGACAGCUAGUCCGCGACCCCCGCACAGGUGAGACAGCUAUACAGGAACAUUAUGUAACGAGCCCGAGUCCACAGACGUGUGGAAGCCGGUCCUGCGGCCGUGCAACCGCUCGCGCGGCCAACAGUGGCUCAUGCAGGUCGACUUCAAGUGGCAGGCGCGGCGCAACCAGAGGGAGCAGGACAGCUAGUCCGCGACCCCCGCACAGGUGAGACAGCUAUACAGGAACGUUAUGUAACAAGCCCGAGUCCACACACGUGUGGAAGCCGGUCCUGCGGCCGUGCAACCGCUCGCGCGGUCAACAGUGGCUCAUGCAGGUCGACUUCAAGUGGCAGGCGCGGCGCAACCAGAGAGAGCAGGACAGCUAGUCCGCGACCCCCGCACAGAAUCAACAACGAUAGACCAUAACAGUCUUCCCCUCUCGUUAGAUAUCAGAUUUUAUUCCUUAUUCCUAUAUCUGAAGUUUUAUAUCUAUUAGAUGUAUUGACAUUAGUGAAGUCCUGUGAAUUGUUGACAAUACAUAAUGUAUGCUGUAAUAAGUUGUAUUCCCUAUAAAUAUUGCUCAAACUUAUGUAUUUAUUUGGUGUGUUGUAGAGUUAUUUUUGUAUUGUUUGAAUUUUAUAUGUCCUUUGUAAAUCAGGGAUGUUAUAAAUUUUAUUUGCGAAACUUCCGUUUCGGGGAGUUCGCUUAUAUGUGAGAGAGUGUUCAUAAACUAGGAAAUUAGUUGACAACCAAUACUUACUAACAAAUCUGUCGCAACUCUUGAGAACCUCCUAUCUUUAAUACUAAGUGCUGAAUUACGAGCUUUAUUUUACAAAUACCUAAAUAGGCAUGUUACUUCGCGAGUUUUGGUUGUCAACCUAAGAAAUAUACUUAGCCUUUCGUAAUGUUCAUGGGUUACUAAAAUGUUCUAACUACAGUCGUAUCGUAUAGAGCGGCGGCCAGCAACAUGGGGCCCGCGAGCCUCCCUGGCUAAUUUUGUAUGUAGUAUUGACAAACGACAAUGUCUGAUAAAGUCAUAAAUAUUAACAAAGUGCGUCAACUUCGUUAACUACUAUGUGGCCCUUGCUGCUAAAAGGUUACCGACCGGCGUAUAGCCUCGUAAGAUCCAAGUAAAUUUUUGCGCUUUUGAAUUUGGAACUUUCUUUUAUUUCUGUGAGAGUUCAUAACUCGAAUUCAAUUUGUACUUUUUCAAGUGCGCAGGGACUUACGAGGAUAGAGCAAAUGAAUUCUUCUAUAAAAUGACUAAAAAAUUUGAUCAGAAUCCUCAUGAAACAGGCGAAAGUUUAACCCGAUAGUGAAAGCAUAUCCACGGUUCAGUAUAAGUUGUACUACGUAUUGUUUUCAAUCGUUCCCUGAUAGUUAUUAAAAUAAUUUGAAAUUAUCUGAAGGAUACUCUCUUCCAUGACCAAUAAGUUAUCGCGAGCUCACAAUCUAGUAUUUUAAUGGACUUGAAUAUACACUAUAUUUGUAUUGUUUAGUCGGCAAUGUUUUAUAAUUAGUAUAACGUUAAUACGCUGGUGUUCUUAUAUGAGAGUGUAGAAAUAUUAUUAAAAUAUUAUGAGCUAGCAAAUAUGUUUAGCACGGGCUAAGACAUUGUAUAAAUAAAACGUUAAAAAUCACAACAAAAGGUGCAGAAUAGACUGUUAUCAAUGUUUGAUACAAUUUGUCACUUUAUUAUAAUGGCGUAGUCAAGCGAAAUCCGACCUACGUAAAUAACAUCACCUACAAACAUUAAAAAAUUACUUUAGCUUAAAUAUUGUUCAUUUGUUUGUAGGGAUUGGUUGGAAACUUUUUGCUUAAUUAUUCGUCAAAGCUUGUAUUUUAUGCUGGUGCUAAAUAUGCUGGCCAAAUUUAUUACAAGCUAUGAAUUCCAUCCUCCUUCCUUUGCUGUGAGUUGGGUAUAUUCCCCACUAAUUUUAUUAUAAAGAAAAUUCGGUCAAGUGCGAGUCGGACUCGCGUUUUAACGGUUCCGUACAUUACUAAAUUUUAUUAAAACUAAGUAAUUUAGUCCGACUCUCGUUUGACUGCACAUUUCUAAUAUAUUUUCCUGUCAUUAAUAGGUAAAGAAAUAUUUUAUGUAUUUUUUUCAAAAUUUUAGAUUCAGUAGUUUCGGAGAUAAAGUGGGGGGAAUGACAGACAGUUGCACGAGUGAUCCUAUAAGGGUUCCGAUUUUUCCUUUCAAGGUACGGAACCCCAAAAACUUCCUGUUGAACCGAUGAUAAAAGUAGUGGGAAUAUAUCUUACAAGUCACAGAUAUGCACUGUUAGAAUUAUUUUUAUGUAGGUAACAAUUAUUUUCACAGAGCGGUGCUAACGAUUGCCAUUAAGUAUAAAUUACCUGUAUAUUUUUUUUACGCAUUGGUUAGGACGGCUCGGCACGCAGUUUGUGCCAUAUCUUACGCCAGACAGCCCAGAUUUGCCACGUGUAAUCUUUUUAGAAAAAUAUAUAACUUUAGCAAGUAUUAGAAUUGUCUUUUGACCAUCAUAAUUCCACUUAGUAAAGACUAUUUUUAUUUCAUCUAAGAGUGAUUAAUUUUUUUACGAGGAAUGAAUUAUCUGAGAAGGAAUUGUUAUACAAUAUUAUAGGAUGCGUAACUGUUAUGUAACAAUAACUUGUUUUGUUUAUUAGGACUGUUAUUAUACUAUUACUGCCAUGUUUUAUAAAAAAUGGGCAAUCUAUGUCGAAUUCUAAGGUUAUUUUGUAAUUUGUACACCGUCACUAUACUCGAGUGCGUUGUGAUACCACGUCCCACGACGUGUUUCAAUCAUUUGUAGGUCUUUCGCGUCUGAGAUUACUGUAGGCAAGGGAUGGAACUAUAUCGCCGUGCACGUAUAUUAACUUGUAUAGUCAUGAGAUUAAGAUUCAAAUUGGCUUGCGAGAAAUGCGCGAAAAGCACGUGUCAUCACGUGUGAUGAGCUGAUGAGAUUACGUUCUAAAAUAAGUUAAUUGGAAGUUGCCUUGUUUUUAUUAGGUCUCAAAUUCACGUUAUCGGAUAUAGAAGUUUGUAGAAAUAUUUUAAAGCAUAUCGUAUGUAGGGCUUGAUGGAUUGGCGCCGUUAUAUUUUCUUAAAUAAAGUAGACAUUUCUAUUGUAGCGUAAUAUAAACUUAGAUAUUCCUCAUAUUACCCUGUUUAAUAAUAUUUAUCAAAAUCGGGCCCCUAACAACGAAAGUAAAUUAAAUUACCUUUUUUAUUGAUUGUAUUAUAUUAGGAAUAGUAAUUAAUAUAAAUAUAUUUGUUCCAUUUCGCUUUUAAAGUUAGCUAGGUAACGGCCAAUCGAGGGCCAUUUUGUCCUCUCUUUGCCGAAUUAUAUGUAAUAUUGUAUUAUGCAUUUUAUUCAUGUCCAUUUAAUAUUUAUUUUAGUAUGUAGCAUCACAGAGUGAGUAUGUAUAUUUUUGUGAAAAAUUCUUCACGUUUUUUAGGAGUUGCUCAGCACCAAUCGGUGGUAGAUUAAAUUGAACCCACGUGUAUGAUUUGCUUAUUGUUGAUAGAUUUCAAUAUGUUGUAGAUAUACAUUCUAUAUGAUAAGAUUCGAAAUUCAACUGAUUUUUACGGAACAUAGUAAAAUAUUUGGAUUGAAGAUGAACAUAUCUGUUUUAGUUUAUUUUUGAACUAGACAUUAAACUACUUAUUGACAGUCUAUCCGCAUUGACACAUUUUGCACUCGAUGAGAUAAAAAAUGAGAUUUAUUACGUUAAAAUAAUUAAAUUUUUAACCGAACAUAGUUAUUUAUUGUGUACGCAACAUUACGGAGGCGACAAUAUUUUGUUAUUCAUAUCCUGUGUUGUUUUUUUAAGCAUAAAUAUUAUGUAGAUAUUAUAUAGACGAGAUUGUAUUUUUUUUGUAAAUAAUUUGUUUAAUGUGGAAUUGUCCUAUUGUGAAGCUAUUCAUUAGGCAGCUGUCCCACACGGCGACGAGAUAGCGAUUAGCUAUCAAAUAUUUUCAUGCUCAAGAUACUUACAGUCGCCAUCAGAUAUAUCGGAGCGGCCAAGGAGCUCACAAAUAUCUGAACAUGCCUUUAUUGUCAAGUGCGUGUUCAAAUAUCUUUAGGCACUUUGGCCGCUCUAAUAUGCGAGUACGAGUGAGAUUCAUAGAAAGUAAGUUGCGCACACGCGGUAUCAGACUGGUGGUAGCCAACUAGCCAUACAGAACUCAAGUUAUAUUUCUUCCUUUUCUUCUUAUCUUUCGCAUCGUAUCCAGUGGACCAGCUGCCUUGGUUUAGACCUGAAGACACUAAUAAGAAAGCAUUUACUUGUCGUCGGUAUAACGACUGGAAUUUACACGAUAUAAUGCAUUUAAAAAAUAUAUACUUUUAUUAUCGGACUCGCUAGAAUUAUAUUUAAUUACACCCAGAACGCGGGAAAAAUGUCUGUUAAAAAUGCAAUAGCCGUCUCUAAACGGAAUCUCAUUGUUUUUCAUAAAAUAGAUAUUUUAAGUGCCAAAUUCGCCGUUUAUUUUAAAUGUAGUAAUUGUGUAUAACCCGCGAAUACCAUUCCAACUGACGAUAACUAAACUUAUAUUGUGAGUAUUGAAUAUUAAAUAUUUGGACUGAA